GGCAAGUGAAUAAAUGGAUUGAAUUUGAUGACUAGAUGCGAUUAAGAAAACACUUCGAACAAACGGAAGGCAAUUUUUUGAAAUGAGUUAUUUUAAAUUCUUUAUUAUAUUUUCCGGGAUGGUUUUUGCUAAUAUAUUUAAAGCAUCGGUAUCUGGCACUUCAAACAUUUCUGCGGAGAGACGGAUCCUAAGAGAUUAUUUUUUGAAGAAGAUUCAAGCCGAAACAGAAGAGCAACCAUUUGAAAAUUCCAAUGAAUCAGCACCAAAUGAUGUUUCAGCUUUAUAUGUCGUUCAAAAAAUGCUUCGUCCAAGAACUUAUGACGUCACAGAUCUUGGUGUAGUUCCAAACAAAAGAGCUUUCAACGUUCAAGGAUCCUUGUUAAAAUGAACUCAAGACUAUGCGCUACACUCUUUGCUUCUUUUAUAAUUUUAACUCUUCUCUCAUUAAUCCCUGGUGAUACAGGGGCAGUAAGCAAUUGCAAUAUACCUGUAUGUCUCUGAAUUUGAUAAAAUAUGUAUUGUGGUUUAAAUACAACACAGGCUUUCCUAACUUCAUUUCUAGUUUAUCAAAUUUCAUUUUCUUUGUCAUCGAAAGAUCGAAUAAUGUUAAAAUUCGUGAGAAAAAUAUCGAAUCUUUAAAUGAAUGACAGAUCUGAAAAAUCGAUGUUCCAUUUAUUGUGUAUUUUUUAAUUAAAAAUCUACUACUUGGUAUUCGUCGAUUUUGAUCUAGUGACUCGUCAAUGGCAUACUUUGAUUUGAUGCUGGAUUCUAAUAAAUGUAAGAUUUCUAA